AUGGGAAGACCAAAAGAUCAAAAGUUUUCUGAGUAUGCUGAGAGGAUUGGUAGUGAUUUGAAGUGUAAAUUCUGCGGAAAUGUAUUCAAGGGGAGUCCUUCAAUUUCAAGGUUCAAAUAUCAUUUAGCAGGAAUUCCAGGGCAGGGCAUUCAAAUUUGUGAUAGGGUACAUGAUGAUGUCAAAGAAGCAGCUCUUGAAGCAAUCCAAAGAGCAAACAAAAGACGUAAAACCAUGAGGAGUUCAAACAUCAAUGAGGUGUACAAUCCAAUUUCAAGGCCACAAAAUCACGAAGUGGAAGACGAGGAAAGGAUGCAAAUGGAAGUUCAGGACCUUGAACAACAAGUGGGGAAAGCUGGAACUUCUUUUCUUCUUGAAAUGGAAGAUAAUGUAGAGAACCAUGUUGGACAAUCUUUGCAAUUUGUUGAGACCAAAGGAGAGAAGUUGUUGACAACAAAGUUAAAGGGUGAGGAGUUUGAAACACAUAUAAAAGAGAUCUGUUCUUGUUUAAGGGAUGAUGAUAAUGUCUCAAAGGUUGGCAUUUAUGGGAUGGCGGGAGUGGGUAAAACUGAAUUGGCAAAACAUGUUAAUAAUGAACUUUUAAGAACUCCCAGCCCAUUUCAUUAUGUUUAUUGGGUUACUGUGUCGCCAGAUUUUAGCAUCCAUAAAUUGCAAGACACCAUUGCAAGAAUGGUGAAUCUAGACCUUUCAAGUGUGGAUGAUAAGCAUAUAAGAGCAGCCAGAUUAUUCGAGGUGUUGAAGGAUAAAAAUUUUGUUUUAAUUUUGGAUGAUAUGUGGAAUUAUGUUCCCCUUGAAAUGGUAGGAAUUCCUGAUAACAUGAAAAGAUGCAAGUUGGUUCUCACAACUCGAUCUUUAAAGGUGUGUCGAAAGAUGGAUUGCCAGAAGAACAUCAAAGUAAAGCCUCUUUUAGUAGAUGCAAGUUGGGAGCUAUUUUUGCAGGAAUUGGGGCAUCAAAUAACGCCUAGUCUAGAAAAGAUUGCAAAGUCCAUAGUAUUAGAAUGCGAUGGCUUGCCACUUGGGAUUAAAGUAAUGGCAAGAAACAUGAAGCAAGUGGAUGACAUACAUGAAUGGAGUAAUGCAUUGGACAAAUUAAGAAGAUCAAUACCAGAGCAAGAGAAUUUGGAGAUAUUCAACGAAUUGAAACGUAGCUAUGAUUAUUUGAAUGAUCCAACUUUACAACAAUGUUUCUUAUAUUGUGCAUUAUAUCAAGGAAGUUGCUAUGGUUGGUAUGGUAUAAGAAAAGGAAUGAUCGAGUUAUUGAUUGAUGUGGGAGUAAUAGAAGGAGAAAGCAGGAGAGAAGAAUUCAAUGAGGGCCGUACCAUACUCAACAAACUUCUAAAUCUUUGCUUGUUAGAAGAAGAAUAUGCUUACGAAGUGAAGAUGCAUAACUUGCUUAAAAAUAUGGCCAUCCAAAUAAUGAACGCAGAUGCACGAGUAAUUGUUAGAAAUGAUGAAAAGUUAUCUGAAAUGCCAGAGUGGGGAAACUGGUCAGAAGAUCUUGUCAGAAUUUCAUUGAGUUGUAAUGAUAUACGUGAGAUUCCUUCCGUUUAUUCACCCAGCUGUCCUAAUCUUUCAACUGUCUUGUUGGGUAACAAUAGGAAUUUGAGCUUGAUUGGAUAUUCUUUCUUCGAGCAAUUGCAUGGUCUCAAGAUGCUUGAUCUUUCUUGGACUGCUAUUGAAAAUUUGCCAACGUCGAUCUCUGAUUUGGUGAAUCUAAGAGCAUUAUUACUUAGGAUGUGUAAAGCAUUAAGGCAUGUGCCGUCAUUAGCAGCGCUUAGGGCAUUGAAGAAGUUGGAUCUCUAUGAUUCAGGAGUGGGAAAAGUGCCUGAAGGAAUAGAAUUGUUGUCCAAUCUCAGGUAUUUGGAUCUUUGUGGCACAAACAUAGCGGAGUUGGAACCAGGGAUAUUACCAAAGCUUUCCCAAUUGCGAGUCCUCCGCCUUGGCUUUUCUUUCACAGUUGAAGGAAAGGAAGUAGCAUCGCUGAGAAAGUUGGAAGAAUUGGAAUGCCGUUUCCACGGUGUUGGUGAGUUGAACACCUUCAUGACUUGUAAACCUUCAACCAGUCAAAUUCGAUGCAGCCUUUGUGUAGGACGAGAAAGCGAAGAUAUGUAUGGCGACUAUUUUGAUGGUUCUGAGGUUUAUUUUGAUGAUUGCAUUAUCAGCGAAGGGGGCAAUGCCCUAUCUCUCCCAAGAGACGUCAAAUCUCUUACGUUUUAUUAUUGCAGCAUUGAAAGCGGCGGCUUAUGCUUCCGAGAUGCAAUUGAACCGAAGAACUUUGAUAUUAAAUUAUGUGAGGGUCUAGAGCAUUUGUUUUCAUUGUCCUCCCCCGAUUCUGUGUUUAAAACCCUUGAGAUUAUAAAAAUUCACAAUUUGAAGGAUCUAUAUUUCCUGUUUGGUGAAGGAGGGAGGAAUUUCAACGGGGAUAUUCCAUUAACAGUACCAUUAUCACUACCGCAUGAUACCUUUUCCCUUCUCGAAAAAUUUGAAAUAUGUAAUUGUCCAAGUAUGAAGAAGCUGUUCCCUCAGAGCUUGAUGUCAAACCUUCAAAAUCUGGAAGUGAUUUCUGUAGAAAAUUGUAAUAACAUGGAGGAGUUGAUAGCAUCGGAAGAAGGACAAGAAAGCUGCAACUGCAAUAAUGGCAACAGUUCCAUCUUUACCCUCCCAAAAUUAAAGACCGUUGAAUUGCAUGACCUGCCAAAACUGAAGAGCAUAUGUAGUGGAGAAAUAUUCUGCGAUUCUCUCGAAAAAAUUAAAGUACGGAAUUGUCCAAAGCUUAAGAGGAUAGCUUUUUCUCUUUUCUUGCGUGACCAUAGCCAGCUGUCCCCUCUCCCUUCUCUCCGUGCUAUCAUCAUUUAUCCCACAGAAUCGUGGGAUUUGAUUGAGUUUGACCAUUCUGACGCCAAGAAUGUCCUCUUAGACUAUGGCUUCUUCCCCGAUCUUUAUUAA